GUUGAAGCAACAGGUCACUUAUUAGUCUACUUGAAGCAACAGGAGAGAACGCACACACAUCAUCCUGUGGUCCAAUAUUGCUCACUGUGUAUCUGAGUGAUUUCGUAUAAGCGCACAAAAUGUUUCAGCAUAAAAGAUUCAGUUGCGUGGGGCUGUGCGUGGUUGCAGCGACGAUGACGGCGAUUGCACGAGCUGCGCCACAGACCCAGCCGCGAGAGCAGUGCCCCCUCCGACAAGAAUUAGUGCUCGAAGAAAACGGGCGUCGUCUGGUGGUGGUGCCCGUCCUCGGGGGCAUGGGCGCCGCCGCUGCCCGGACCUCCUGCCUCGCCCACUCCUCGUCGCCGCUCUUCCUCAACUCUCAGGACGACGCUGAUAUUUUGCACAGACUCCUCAAGGACUGCGUGAAGACCAGGCGCAUGUCGAGCGUGUGGGUUCCUGCCCGGCGCCACGUUCAGCACAAGCGCAUCCUCAGACCCAUGGCCGAGGCUCCGGUAACAAGUUCGGGACACGUUGAGUACGACUGGAUGAGCGCCCACUACAACCGCACUUCAGAUGACAUUGUGCUCCUGCCGUUCCCGAAGGAGAUUAAUGAGAGAAAGGGGAUUAUCUGCGUCAGGAGGGAUUAAGGAUUAUGGGUGAUUCAUUAUUUCUUGAUUGUUAAUUUCUUGUUUUAUUUUUGUUUGUUUGUUUGUUUCCUGUUUCUUCUUCUUGUCACCUGGUCAUGCAUUUGAGUGGAUGUACAUAGAUGAUGUGUUGGCAGGUUAUAGUGAUUUUUUUUUUGUAUAUAUGUAUUUGUGUUGAAACUAUUUCGGCAUGCUUAUUGAACUACAAAAGAAAACUCGAAACAAGAUAAGCAACGUGUGUGUGUACGUGUGUGUGUGUGCAUCAGAUAAAACGACAUUUAUCGUUCUCCUUGCAUGUUAGUAUAAGGAUAGACUUGAAUGAAACAAAAUACAACUCCUGGUGACAUAAAUGAUAAAAUUAUUAAAAAGGUCAGGCACCUGGAGGCUAAUCUCACAUUAGGUCGUUUUUUGGGCUCUCUGAAUGGUCCAUGCCUACUUCGCCAGUGUUAGCAGUGAGUUGACAUCUAAAUGUUUUCCGUCAGACAUUAUCAAAUGUCAAUUUUCUCAGAGAUAGCAUUCUACUUGUAUAUUCACACACACACACACACACACACACACACACACACACACACACACACACACACACACACACACACACACACACACACACACACACUCUCACACACACACACACACACACACACACACACACACACACACACACACACACACACACACACACACACACACACACACACACACAUACACACACACACACACCACACACACACCACACACACACACACACACACAAAUAUAUAUAUGUGUGUGUGUGUGUGUGUGUGUGUGUGUAUGUGUAUGUGUAUCCCUAUAUCCUUGUAGUCUAAGUAUUUGUGUAUGAAAUACGUAUUUCAUGCGUGUAACUACCUUACAGGACAAAGAAACAAAAGUAAUUAUGUGAAUCAAAGAAAAAAGAAGAUACUUUUUUAUAUAAAUGUUUUGAAUAGAAAUAUUAUAUAUCCUGUAUUUACAUUUACUUUUAUGUUGUUCUUAUGUAAGUCAAGUUUUCGCUUUUGUCCAUAUUUUUUGUUUCAUACAUCAGUCAGUAUUCUUUUGUUCUGUCACGUAUAUUCGUAAUAACCCCCCCCCCCCCUACCAAAUAAACAAAAGCGAAACGGCGGAAAAAAAUCCAGCGGAAAGAAAUCCAGAGGGAAAGUGCUAACAAAAAAAAGGAAAGAAACGCAAUAUAAUACAGAUGAUAAGGCGCAAAAAAAAACAAACAAACAAACGCGAUGCGGGAAAGCGCCCCCCUCAAAAACAAAAAACAAAAAACAAAAAACAAAA